GACAGUCAACUUCUGUUUGUGUGUGUGUGGGGGGGGGGGGGGGGGGGGGCAUUACACACACUAUCCACUGCCCCUCUAUAUAAAAAGGGGUCCCCCAGUUUCAAUUCCUCCCAAUAACUUGGCUUUCUCUCUCAACUCUUCCCACUCUCUCUAGAAUUUAUUGAAACCUCCCUCUCUCUCUCCGCAAAGACUGUGAGUGAUAUUUGUAUGGCCGCUAAUUUGCAGCGCACUCGUGGACUGGCGAAAUUGGGCAAAAGAUUAGCUGGCCAGAUCCGCUCUCGCGAUUCCCUCGCCAUUUCUCAGCUCCACUGCAGGAGUGUGCAAGCUUCAGCCUACGACAAGAACCCGGAGGAGAAUGUGAACUCGACUGUGGUCCCGGACCAUGUAAUCCCGCCUCAGCCGGACGAGUACUGGGCUCCUCAUCCUAAGACAGGGGUGUUCGGGCCUGCAACGGAUGAGAAUCCGGGUUCGGGCCACAACCCUGGUGCCGCCAACGGGGGCUCGGUGUUGGAAGAGAAGGCCUUCUUCCGCCCUCAAGAGGACUUGGACAAGCCUCCCGUCCAACCUUGAGUUGCAUAGAGCUAGGUUGUAUCUGCAUCAAUUAUGAAUAAAAACUUGUGUGAUUUGACCCUAAACCGCAGAAGAUGAUACCCCUUUAGUAAGGGGGUGUGUGUGAGAGAGAAUUGCAUUGUUAUGAGAAUGCUUUCAGUGUGUUGAUGAUGGGAAUAGGUUUGGAUGCUGUGUCACAUGUGAUUCUCUUUGUUGUGAAUAUAUGCUGUUGCUUUUUA